UUUCAGCUCCUGGGUCGAGAAUCACUUUGCGCAGUACGAAGCGAGUGGGAUUUCCUUAAGUUCAAAAAACACGCUCCGGAGUGAGUGUGCGGCGAGUCCCGACGGCUUUUAGAGUUCAACAAAACCGGUCGGGCCAGCGCGAUUGGCGAGAGGACGCGCGGGUGUGAUUUAGACGCGAAUUCAUUGUGCGCUCUCUCCCCAAAACCGAGCGCUGCAUGGACCUCUCCUGAAACGCCGAAAUGCUCCAUUGAAACGUGAACUAGUUUAUUCAUUUUCUCAGUAUGCCUUACCCGUAGGCCUAAUGGAGUUAUUUGGAUUGCUCGGAUCUUUUGGGAACGCUUCCUGAGCGAACGCACUGGACGCGCUGAAAGUCUUUGUGCGCAGCUUUUAGGGGUGACUUAGAACCCCUCUCGAUUUAUACUGCGCCAAAACGAUCAGCAAGGACUAUUCCUCAAUCAAAUGGAAGAUGAUUGGUGAAUCGCGAAGGACAACAGAUCGCUGACAUCAACUUGGCCUUCAUUCUGUUUUUAAUUCUCUUUUACAAUCUAAACACUUCGAUAACCAAAAUGGCUGCUUCACUGUGGAAAUGUCCCUUUGUGCAUAGACUUUUGUUGACUGUGAUCUUUCUACAAUGUUCAGAAGCUUUCAGUCGGGCAGCUUUACCAUUUGGUCUGGUGCGGCGAGAGCUGUCGUGUGAGGGUUACCCCAUCGAUCUCCGUUGCCCAGGGAGUGAUGUCAUCAUGAUAGAAACAGCCAACUACGGCCGCACAGACAACAAGAUUUGCGACGCUGACCCGUUCCAGAUGGAAAACAUUAACUGCUACCUCCCAGACGCCUAUAAAAUCAUAUCUCAAAGGUGUAACAAUCGGACGCAGUGUGUUGUCAUCACAGGCUCGGAUGUCUUUCCGGAUCCAUGUCCAGGGACGUACAAGUAUCUAGAGGUCCAGUACGAAUGUGUCCCUUAUAUUUUCAUUUGUCCUGGAACUCUGAAAGCUGUGGGAGAUCCGGCCUUUGUCUUUGAGGCAGAACAGCAGUCUGGAGCCUGGUGCAAAGACCCCCUGCAGGCCGGUGACAAGAUCUACUUUAUGCCAUGGACUCCGUACCGCACAGACACUCUCAUAGAAUAUGCCUCACUCGACGACUUGAGGAGCAGUCGACAGACAACUACUUACAAGCUUCCGCACCGUGUGGACGGAACUGGAUUUGUGGCUUACGAUGGGGCCAUUUUCUUCAACAAGGAGCGAACACGAAAUAUCGUCAAGUUCGACUUGCGGACUCGGAUCAAGAGCGGAGAGGCCAUUGUCGCCAACGCCAACUACCACGACACCUCGCCAUAUCGUUGGGGAGGCAAGACGGACAUCGACUUGGCGGUAGAUGAGCGUGGAUUGUGGGUCAUCUAUGCCACUGAGCAGAACAAUGGACGUAUCGUUCUGAGCCAACUCAAUCCCUACACUCUGCGCUUUGAGGCAAUGUGGGAGACGGCCUACGAUAAACGCUCGGCCUCCAACGCCUUCAUGGUGUGUGGGGUACUACAUGUAGUGCGCUCCACCUAUGAGGAGAACGAAAGUGAGGCCAGUAAGAGCCAGAUAGACUAUGUGUACAACACCAAGUUGGGGCAAGGGGAGUAUACUGACAUCCUCUUUCCCAACCAGUAUCAAUACAUCGCAGCUGUGGAUUACAACCCUAGGGAUAACCACCUUUACGUGUGGAAUAAUUUUUACAUUCUGCGAUACAGUCUUGAGUUCGGACCACCUGAUCCUGCUGAAGUGCCGACUAUCUCAGAUGACAUCACGUCAACGGUGCAACCGAGAAGAACAACACCUCCUGUCAUGACUACCACCACUGUCCACAGACACCCAGUGAACAUACCUACCACGUCAAACCCCAAGCAGGGCAAAGGAAGCUCAGACACAGCAGUGGAUCACCCUGAGUCUGCGGAGCCCACCACUGUCAGCCUUCCACCCUCCAGCAAACGUUUUUGUGACGGCAUAGACCGGAGAGAAAUCUCCUGGCCACAAACUCACAGAGGAGCGACGGUGGAGCGACCAUGUCCUAAAGGAACUCGAGGCAUUGCUUCAUUUCUCUGUAUGGCUGUUGAUGGGAUCUGGAAUCCGAAGGGUCCUGAUCUCAGUAAUUGCACUUCUCACUGGGUGACACAGGUGGCGCAGAAGAUUAGGAGUGGAGAAAAUGCUGCAAAUCUGGCCAAUGAGCUGGCACGUCACACUCAGGGCCCUGUGUACGCGGGAGAUGUGAGCUCAUCUGUUCGGCUCAUGGAGCAGCUGGUGGAUAUACUUGAUGCACAACUGCAAGAGCUAAAACCUAGCGAGAAAGAUUCAGCAGGACGCAGCUUCAACAAGCGUCAAAAAAGAGAGAGGACUUGCAGGGCCUAUAUGAAGGCCAUUGUGGACACGGUUGACAACCUCCUGAGGCCAGAAGCCCUUAAAUCCUGGGAGGACAUGAAUUCCACAGAGCAAACACACGCCGCCACCAUGUUACUUGAUACCCUGGAGGAAGGAGCCUUUGUCCUUGCAGACAACCUGAUUGAGCCUGCCGUCGUCAGAGUGCCAGCUGAGAACAUCAUGUUGGAUGUGUACGUGUUGAGCACCGAUGGACAAAUUCAGGACUUUAGAUUUCCACAAACCAGCAAGAGAGGAGCAACGAUUCAACUGUCAGCAAACACUGUCAAGCUAAAUAGUAAAAACGGUGUUGCCAAGUUGGUUUUCGUUCUUUAUAAGCACCUAGGGAAUUUCCUCAGUAUGGAGAAUGCCACAGUGAGGCUGAUGGGUGAGGGCGGAGUCAGAAACCACACCCUCACUGUAAACUCCCACAUCCUCUCCGCCUCCAUCAACAAAGAGUCCAGCCGUGUGUUUGUGACGGAGCCUGUUGUGUUCACCCUAGAGCAUCUGGAUACUGAGAAUUACUUCAACCCAAACUGCUCCUUCUGGAACUACUCAGAACGGCGCAUGAUGGGAUACUGGUCAACACAAGGCUGCAAGCUCCUAGCAACGAACAAGACUCACACUACCUGUUCCUGCAGUCACUUGACCAACUUCGCCAUUCUCAUGGCCCACCGAGAACAUGCGGGCGAGGGAAGCGUUCACGAGCUGCUGUUGACAGUCAUCACGCGAAUGGGCAUCGCCAUUUCGCUUGUCUGCCUCGCCAUUAGCAUCUUCACCUUCUGCUUCUUCCGUGGCCUCCAGAGUGACCGCAACACCAUCCACAAGAACCUCUGCAUCAACCUCUUCAUCGCUGAGCUCCUCUUCCUUGUGGGCAUCAACAUGACCGAUCCCCCGAUUGUGUGCUCUAUUAUUGCUGGAGUUCUUCAUUUCUUCUUUCUGGCGGCAUUUGCGUGGAUGUGUUUGGAGGGUGUUCAGCUGUUCCUUAUGCUCGUGGAGGUCUUUGAGAGCGAAUUCUCCAGACGAAAGUACUACUACGCAUCCGGUUACCUGUUCCCCACUGUGGUGGUUGGGAUUUCGGCAGCCAUCGACUACAAGAGCUACGGAACCAAGAAAGCCUGUUGGCUAAGGGUUGAUAAUCAUUUCAUCUGGAGUUUCAUUGGUCCAGUUUCGUUCAUCAUUAUGCUCAACCUCAUCUUUCUGGUGGUGACUAUGUACAAGAUGGUAAAACACUCGACGUCUAUGAAACCUGAUUCCAGCAGACUGGAGAGCAUACGGUCCUGGGUUCUGGGCGCUUUUGCGCUGCUGUGUCUUCUUGGCCUGACGUGGUCGUUUGGCCUGUUUUUCUUAAACGACUCUUCGAUACUGAUGGCGUACCUCUUCACCAUCUUCAACACCUUACAAGGGAUGUUCAUCUUCAUCUUCCACUGUCUGCUGCAGAAGAAGGUGCGUAAAGAGUACAACAAGUGUUUCCGGCAGUCUCAGUGUUGUGGCGGUCUGCCGUCUGACGGACCCCACAGCGUUAACAAAGCCUCAGCGUCCAGAUCCACGGCUCGAUAUUCGUCCGCUACACAGAGUCGCAUCAGGAGGAUGUGGAACGAUACGGUGAGGAAACAGUCAGAGUCUUCCUUCAUCUCCGGAGACAUCAACAGCACUUCCACACUAAACCAAGGAAUGACCGGCAACUAUCUCCUAACUAACCCUCUCCUCCGACCUCACGACACUAACAACCCCUAUAACAACCUUCUCGCUGAAACCAUCGUCUGCAACACCCCUUCACCUCCGGCUUUCCACUCCCCAGGCCAGCACUCAAGGACUAACAGCCGUGAUGUCAGCACCAUGGACACACUCCCUCUCAACGGCAACUUCAACAACAGUUACUCACUGCGUGAGGAUGAUUACGAAGACCCCGCAUUGCAUUGCCCGGCCGAGUGUACUUUAGGCCUGGAUGACGCUGCCUUUGAAAAGAUGAUCAUCUCUGAAUUGGUUCACAACAAUCUGAGGCCUCGCGGGCCAACACGGAACCCAAGCAGUGCAAAAUGCGAGCAAGGCUCCAAUCGCAGCCGAGAAAGAGAACCGGCGCCGCAGCAGACCCGCGUUAGCAUCGACGGGGGUGUCGGGAACAGCAGCGGGAGCGAAGAUGACGCCAUAGUCGCUGAUGCCGACACCUCCGCCUUGCCUCCAUCCAAUAGCCAUCCGGCGCUGGAGCUUCUUCUCCUUAACCCGAACCACCGGGAGGCCCUUGAUGUCCCGCUUUUGCCCCAACGAACUCAUUCGCUCCUUUAUUGCGCUCAAAGGGCUUCUCGACGGACAGCCAGGCUGCAGGAUGACAGCAGAGAGGCGGAAGAAGAGGAAGAGAGGGCAGGAGAGGAAGAAAACACCCCCUCGCAAAAUAACAGGGAUUCGGUGUAUACAAGCAUGCCCAAUCUCAGAGACUCUUCCCCCUCGUCUGACCCUGCCAGCGGUGAGGAUGAUGGGUCCCCUUGCCCAUCCAACGGCAGCGAACCUGAGGAACUCUGCCACAAGAGCUUGCCCGACCUGGGUGACGGGACCCAACCACUUUCCUACUAUCAGAUUAGCCGACGGGGCACCAGCGAGGGCUGUAUGGGGCCCGGGCUCCCUGACGGCUGCCUCCCACUUGAGGACGAGGCCGAAAGGUCUGGACAGAUGCAGCUAAUCACCAGCCUUUGAGCAGACAAUGUUCCCUUCCAUCCGUUUUCUUCUGUUGCUUCUCCAACUCUCUCCACUCAACUGUAAACAAGGGUCGCGAGUGACUCGUCAAUGGUACAAUGACUUUUUUUGUAACAUGAUUCACAAUCUGUAAAACUCUGUUGUGCGAGUGCUGAUGGAAGUGUCUGUUUUAAGACUGGCAUCAUCCACAUCUGCCAAAAGCUUUGUACAAUAUACUGUAAAAAAAAAUAACUAAACAUGCCAAUGUCUGAUUUAUGUAGAACUUUGAAAACUCGCCUGGCCAGUUUGUAGGUGAAGCUUCCCGUCUUGGAAAUACAGGGGUUCUCUAAUACAGAGCAAAGGGUUGAUCUGAAACAGAUGAGAAGAACUGAGAAGAAAAAAAAAGAUAAAAUCAAAAAGAAAGAACCACUAUUCCAGACUCAGGCCUUAUAUUUGCACAUAUUACUGUUGUACGAAUGACAGCUGA